AUGCAAUCUGAAGACAAUGAAUGGUAAAAAAUAGUAUAAACAACAACCAAGAUAGAUUAAUAAAUAAAGAAUAUUAAAAUGAGAUUAUAAUCAGCAUUGACAUAGCUUAUUAUUCAAUCUGAAGAAAAUAAUAAAAUUAACAAUCCUGACCCUAUCCUUCCGAAAACAAAUGUUCCUUUAAUCAUUUAACAUAACAGCAGAUCUAUUGAAAAGCGAGAAAAGCCUGCUCUGAGAUAGUGUGCAUCUAAAUCUCCUAUUAGAACUCCUGAAACUACAGACUGUCCAUCUCCAGUUUCAUCAAUUGCUCAUAAUUCCAUUCUAAGAAUGCAAAUGAAGGCAGCUGAAGUUUUAAGUCCAAAAUAUCAUAAUAUAUCUGAUAGAUUCCAUAUAGGCAAAUUUUUAGGAAAAGGUAAAUUUAGUGAUGUCUUUUAAGCAUAGUAAAAUACUAAUUUAAAUUAGAGAGAAAACAUCAAAAGUGUUGGUGGCUUUAAAAGUAAUUCAAAAAAGUGUCAUCAGUAAAUAUAAAAUGGAAGCUUAGUUAGCACAUGAAAUAAAAAUAUAGAGCUAUCUCAAUCAUCCAAACAUCCUUAAACUUUAUGGUGUAUUCUAAGAAUAAACUAAAGUAUUUAAUUAAAGAUUAUCAUAAAAGAUUGUUUUAAUUUUAGAAUAUGCACCAGAUGGUGAAUUAUACAAAUUGCUUAAGAAGCAACCUAAUCGAAGAUUUAGUGAAAAUAAAGCAGGAAAUUAUAUAGCAUAGAUUGUUGAGGGAAUAUCCUAUAUGCAUAAAAUGAAAGUUAUACAUAGAGAUAUUAAACCGGAAAAUAUAUUAAUUAGUCUAGUAAUACAUAUGAAUAAAAUUAGUAAUUUUUAAAAAUUGCAGAUUUUGGAUUAGCUACAUAUUCACCAGAAUCAAAACCAAGAUAAUCCUUUUGUGGAACAAUUGAUUAUAUGUCUCCUGAGAUAGCUUCUGGAUAAGACUAUGAUCAUUCGGUUGAUUUAUGGUCAAUUGGAAUUCUAGCUUAUGAAUUGACUACAGGAGCCACUCCUUUUUAUUAAUCAUCUAAAGAAGAUACAAUGAGAAAGAUCAUAGAAGGUAGAGUUGAUUUUCCUAAAUAUGUUUCUAAUGAAUUAUAAGAUUUUUCAAAAUGCUGUUUAAGAAAGGAUCCCUCUUAAAGAUUGAGAUUAGAAUAGAUGGCUAUACAUAAAUGGAUUUAAAUGAAUCAUCAAUCUGGAGGAUAAUAUGAUAGAAUGCUUGUUUAAUAAUUGGUAACUAUACUGAAAUGAUUUA